AUGUAUACCUCGCCUUCUCUCCCUAUCAAUCAUAUCGAGUUCUCGAUCUCAGUGCCAGGCGGAUACUUCGACGCCUCCGAGCAGCAUCUUGAAGAUCGCCUAAUGGGCUGGGACCAGAACACAUCAGAGUCGGAUCUGUUGGCGCACGUCGGGGAUGAAUGUUGGUCGUCUCCGUCAGUAAUAUCCUCCGAUGACUUCGCAGGAUCGCACAGAACAAACCACGCGCUCUCAUGGACCCCAAGAGACUUCUUUGGCUGGGAUAGCAGCGCGUCCUCCUUCCCGAUGAACGGGAGCGAGCUCAGCCCAUCCCCGAGCAUCUUGGGCGAUCCGUCGUUCUUCGACAUUCCAUUUCUGUCCGACAGAGGAAGUCAAGGUUCAGCGCCCGGCUUCUCUGGGGCGCGGAACAUCGCCCUCUGCGAACCACUCGGCUUCGAUCCUAGUACGACUGUCAGCGAUCAUGCCGCGACGCUGACGAGUCCGUCCUUCGCAGAAGGGACGCCGAGCGUCGACGGCACCUCUCAGCCAAUAGUGGACGCGCGAUCUUUCCCUGGAAGGGGUGAAUGGCCGCACUAUCUGAACGACAACCUGCUCACCUCGGCGGUUCCGUCUUCGUCCGACUUGAUGACGGCAAGCGCUGUCGAUGGUCACUCGGUUGUCGCCUCGGCCAGAGGUCAAAGCUCUGGAUCUGCUGGGUCAGCCCGCCGAGUCGUCGCGACGUCGCAGCAGCAGAAGGCCGCUGAGCGCCGCCGAUGUGGCGCCGGUGGGAAGAUAUACCCUUGCCCCUUCUCUCCCGACUGCAAGUCGACGUUCACUCGCAGGUUCAGCGCAAAGAAUCACGCACGGGUGCAUGAGAACAAGCAAGAGUUUUUCUGCGAACUGGGGUGCGGGAGCCGCUACAACACUGAGGCCUUGCGCAGGAGGCACCAUAAGAAAUGCGCUCGUAGGGGAGCGCAGCCUGCUGGAGAUGGCUUAUAG